AAAAUGUAUCAAGACGGUUGUUAUGGAUGUAACCAAUCUCUGUUAUGGCCCGGAUAUAGAACGUAUCCUCGGAAACCGACCUCGUUCCAUAUUAUGGAUAUUUUACAUAUUAGACAGGAACAACAAACUCCGUCAGCUUUAGGACCUUUACAGGAUUUUUGUAGGACUAAAAGUGUGGAAAAUAUUGUUUCUCCGAUAAAUCAAGAACGAUUACCGAUUAUAGGGACACCUAAAGACCUUAAGUUUGGAAUUAAUCGAAUUCUUUCCGAGGAUUUUGGACACAAAUCGCCAGUAAUAAAUGAAAACAGAAACAAGUUCUCGUUAACAAGGACGUGUGAUUGUGGUUCUCCAUCUUGCAGUGUUCUUAUGUUCUCACAGAUGUCAUCACACCCUUUUAAUUCUCCGCACUAUACACUUUAUCAUUCAGAGACAGAAACUCUUCCAGGCCCGUAUUCGAUUUUAAAUGAUGAUACCUGUACAAAUGGUCAGUCAAAGCGAAAAAGAUCAUGGUCUAGAGCCGUUUUCUCAAACUUACAAAGAAAAGGUUUAGAAAAGAGAUUCGAAGUACAAAAAUACGUCACAAAACCUGAUAGAAGACAACUAGCAGCUAUGCUAGGACUUACAGAUGCACAGGUAAAAGUUUGGUUUCAAAAUAGAAGAAUGAAGUGGAGACACAUGCAACAAAUGAAAGAGAAAGAACUAAGUGAGCAAAAGAGAGACACCACCGACAAACAUUGUAGUUCAAAAGAGAAAAUCGAAGAUUUAGAAUCAGAUAGUGAGCAAUCAUCCUAACGUGAAAAAUAUCGAGAGAGAUUCUCAUUCGCUGAAUUUAAUUGUCGGAGUUAGCAAUGAAAAAUCAGCACGUUGCACACACAAUUGAUACAA